AUGUAUAAAUAUCGAUGGAAAUUAAGAUAUGUAUAUUAUUUAACAAGAAGUAAAUUCCGUGGCUAUUCAGCUAUUGGUGGAGCAGCUCAAAACCGUUUUGAUUUCGAUGCCUUUGUAUCUUAUGCUGAUGAAGAUAGACGUGUUGUUGUUAAUGAUAUGAUAACUAAGCUGGAAGAGCAACAAGGGAAACAACUCUGUAUUCAUCAUAGAGAUUUUCUGGUUGGAGAAGAAAUUGCAGCUAAUAUUUUAAAUGCUGUAAGAAAUAGUAAGAAAACAGUGAUUAUUUUAUCCAGUAAUUUUAUAGCUAGUUAUUGGUGUAAUUAUGAAUUAAAUAUGGCUCACAUGGAAAGUCUCGAGACAGGAAGAAAUGUUAUAAUUUUAGUUGUUUAUGAACAUGUUAGAAUGAAAGAUAUACCAGAUAUUCUUCAAAACUUUAUGAAAAACAAUUCUUAUAUAGAAUAUACUGAUGAUCCUCAAGGAAAUAUUAUUUUCUGGGAUCAGUUAAUUACUGCCAUUAAUUCUGAAUAA